UGCAACCUCUCCACCACAGCCACCUCAGCGGCGGCAAUCCCCCCAAGCCUCCUUUCCUCUCUUCCAAUCCAAAUUUUCUUCUUAUUUUCUUCAGCCUGGGAGGCUUUAACUCGCCAAAUAUAGGUUUUUGAUUGGAACAACGGCGUUUGAGAAACAUUCCCAAAAACAAUUUCAAUCUCGAUGAAAGGGGGAAGGAAGAAUCUGAAGAGGGCAGUGGAGGAAGAGAGCUUGACCAUCAAAGAUGGUCACUCUAUAAUGCAAGUGCUUUCUCUCCGUGGUUCCAAUCUCAUUGAGAUCAUGGAUGGACAAGGAGAAAAAUCUUUGGCACUGUUUCCAGCUAAAUUUCAAAGGAGCAUGUGGAUAAAACGAGGGAGUUUUGUUGUUGUUGAUGCAAGUGGAAAGGAGAAGGUUCUUGAAUCUGGCAGCAAGGUGGGAUGCAUUGUUUCGCAGGUUCUAUUUUACGAGCAAGUUCGUGUGCUUAAGAAAUCACCAGAGUGGCCAGAAAUCUUCAAAUCCACAGUUUCAGAUGGAUGCAAUGCAAGUCUGCAGGGAGACACCUCCCAACAAGAAGAGAAUGAGUCAAGUGAUGAUGAUGGACUUCCUCCACUAGAAGCCAACACGAACAGGAUGAAACCAGUUGAUUGGAAAUCGGACACAGAAUCAAAUUCUGAUUCAGAUACAGAUUCAUAAUUCAGAAUCAGACUUAGGUUCAGCAACUGGUUCUUGGAUAGUUCUGCAGAAGAUGUAUGCUGAAGAAGAUGAAAUGAAGUGAGGAUAACAAUGUCAAACUAGUGUCCGGAAUUUUUGGACAGAAUUUUUGUUGGAUUGACCCUAUAUGUAAUCAUGUACUGAAAUACAAACACGCUAUUAUUUGCGCAGGAACAUUAACCAAUCCAUUUAUUUGUAAUGUUUAAACGUUUAUGCAGA